AUGGCAUCACUCAGCACAAACACUCGCAGCAAAAACCUCCGGAACGCCGCCGUCGCGCUCCUCGCCCCCCUGCCCUCCAUUCUCUUCUACCUUUACUUCCUCCGCCUCACCUCCGCCGCCGAUGCAGAUUCCCUCUCCCCUCUCUGGUCGUGGUGCCACCGCCACCCAUUUCUCCUGGCCAACGCCCUCUUCUUCCUCAACGUCAACUUCCUUUUCUGGGCCGUCGGCCAGCUCCAGUCCAGCCACUGGAUGAUAGAUCUGUAUUGGACGGUGAUACCGGUGCUGCUGGUGCAUUACUUCGCGUCCCAUCCGUUGGCGGAGUGCAAUCCAUGGAGAUCGGGGAUCGUGAUUCUAUUGACGUGGGUUUGGUCCGCGAGGCUCACCCACAGCUACUUCCGCCGGGAAAAAUGGCAGUGGGGCGCCCGAGAGGACUGGAGAUUCAGCGAUAUGCGGAGGCAGUACGGCGGAAACUGGUGGUGGGCCUCCUUCUUCGCCGUCUACCUCUCUCAACAGGUUUUCUUGAUGGGAAUAUGCUUGCCACUGUACGUAGUCCACUCGAAAGACGGGCGAAUGAAUAUAUGGGAUGUGAUUGCUGUACUAAUCUGCUUGACUGGUGUUACUAUAGCCUAUUUUGCCGACACACAGCUUCACGAAUUUGUCACGAAGAACGAAAAGCUUAAAAAGCUCAACAAGUCAUUGGUGCCGAAUCUUGACAGGGGCUUGUGGCGGUACUCACGGCAUCCAAACUAUUUUGGCGAGCAGUUAUGGUGGUGGGGCCUUGCAUUAUUCGCAUGGAAUUUGGAUCUCGGGUGGUGUUUUGUGGGCGCUUUAAUAAAUAGCUUGUGCUUGGCUUAUGUCACGAUUCUUGUGGAGGAUCGGAUGUUGAAGCAGGAGUACAGGGCCGAGGCGUAUAGGACUUAUCAGAAAACAACGUCCGUUUGGAUACCUUGGUUCAAAAAAUCAUUGCUCGAAAAAGAGAAGGAGAUGUGA